AGGGUGAUGGUGGGGGUGGAUAUGCUUGGGGUUGGCGGUGCUUGAUAUCGACCCGGGGAGGGUGAAACUAUCCAUGGCGCAAGACUGGAAAUCGUUUGCCUUUCAGCGGAAGCAGAGAACGAGAACUGCUGGUAGUAACCCGGCCAGUCCCCCGCGUGCGGGCGGUGCAUCCUAACAGCCGUGGGUCGAAUAAAACUUUUUGCCGCGUCGAACCUUAGAAACCACGACCUGCCGCCACGAAACCCAAUCCUGCACCUCGCCGAUGAGGUGAGCAGGUGAUCUCACCUGCUCGCCCGCUUCGACACGGUUUUCAAAGCAAAAAAAAAAAAGUGAAUCGCGUUCUAGUGUUUCAUCAUUAAUCCACCCCACUACCACCCUCUUUUUGCUGAUCAUCCGCCAAAAAUUGACCUUGAAAAACUUCUCAUCCCCCCGAACAGACACACACACACACACGAAAAAUUUACCCUCUAUUUUUUAUUUAUUACAUAUAUUUCUAGACGCGAGUGAUCUGUGCCGGUAUAAAUUAAUUAAAAAUAUAAGUUUUCAUCCUUUAAGAAAAGAGAAACGUGUCAAUUAAAUUUGUGACUGGGACCAUUUUGAACCGGGUUUUUAAAAGAGAUAAAGUUGAAAAAUCUAUUUUAUUGAAUAUAAAUUACAAAACGAAUAAUAAUAAAGAAAAAGAUUAUUUAGAUUAUUAUCUUAUUUUGAAAAAAUUAUAAUUUUCAAUAAAUGUCAACAUCCAUAAGAAAAAGAUUAUAAUCAAAGGAGAUCAAAUUGAAAAUUUACGAAGAGAUUUUAAUUAGAGAGAGAGAGAGAGAGAGAGAGAGAGUGAGAGGCAAAACAGGAAUUGUCAAGUGUGGAGUGAUUCAACAUAUAUACACACAGAUACCAAAAGACCUUGAAAACAAGACCUUGAUUUAGGUUGAAGGGCCUUCCAAAACGAAGAAUUCGGAUAUGAUCCUUGGCUUAAAAAAGGGGAGAAAGAUUUAGUGCUUUUUUCUUGAGCCAAUUUUUUUCUUGUUGUUGGUAAACUAUAAUUUUUCUUUCCAGAUCGAAUGAUAAAGUGGUAAAAACAAAAACAGAAUUUAAGAGAGAGAAAAAGAAGAAUUAAAAAUCGAUCAUAAAGAAAUUUUUUUUUUUUUUGAAUCAACACUCAAUCAAAUUUAAAGCGGAAGCUGAUUAUCUAUAGAUCGAAGUUUCUCAAGAGAUUUUCUUUUACUUUCCAAUCAAUUUUGAUUUGAAAAAUCAAAUUCUAUUUAUCAAAAUUCCAGUCUGGGAUUGUAAUAAAAUUACUUGGAUUAUUGAAUAUAUUGUCGAUUGCAUAUGUGUCGAUUAAUUCUCCAAAGUUGUUGAUUGAUCUCAUUGCUUACGGAGAAUUUAUGCUCUAGAAUCGCUAAUUGAUCGCUGCUGAUUGAAGAUUGUUGAUUAAUAAUUGCCAACUAUUAAUUGAUUGAAUCAAUUUUAGUCCGCGGAUUGCAAAUUUUGAAUUUGCAAUUGCUCAUUGAUUAUUGACAAUUGCUAUUUGAUUUUCUAAUGCUGAUUGCAAUUGCUAAUUGAUAAUUGCUAAUUGCUUAUUUUUAAUUUCUAACUGCAAACUGCAAAUUACUAAUUGAUAGUUGAAAAUUGCUGAAGACCAACUGCAAAUUGCAAAAACAUAAAUUGUUUCAAUUUUUGGUGCUUAAUUACUAAUUUCCAAUUGCUUCAAUUGCCAAUUGCACAAAUUGAAAAUUGAUUGACAAAAUAGAACGGAUUAAAAAGUGGUUAAGAACUCUGUGAAAAUUUACGAUUGACGUUUGAUGAUUGAUCAUUGCUAAUAGCUAAUAGCUAAUUGCUAAUUGCCAAUUGAUAAUUGAAAAUUGAGAAUUAAUAAUUGAUAAUUUCGGAUUGAAGGCUGCUUAGUAACAAUCGAAGACUUCGAAUUUUUGAUUGAUGAAUGAGAAAAAAUAAUUGCUAAUUGCAAAUUGAUCCUUGAAAAUUAAAAAAGACUCUUAAUUUAUUCUUGGCAAUAGAAAAUUGAUCAUUUAUAAUCAAAAAUCACAUUUGCAAGUGGAAAUUCUUGGGAAUAAAAAUCAUCAUUCACAAUCGAAGACAAUUAUUUUCCAGACAAAACAAUUUUCAAUAAAAGAAAAUAUAAAAACAAUUAUUUGAAGAAAAUAUUAUUUAAAACAGUUCGAGAAUAUUUUAACUUAAAAAUUGUUCCAUUAAUUUCUGAAACUAUAAUUGACGAUAAGUAAUUAAAAAAACACUAUUAAUCCAGAACUGAUUGAACUGAUUAUUAUUUUAUAACAUUCAAUUUUUUAAUACAGUCUUAUAACUGAAAAAUCAAUUCGAAAUUUGAUUUGGAGGAAAGAAGAAAAAAAAAUCGGUUAAAUCUGAUAAAAAAUUACCAAAGAUAGAAAGCAAAGUUUCGAUUCUUGAAGCAAGGGAACCUGACUAAUCUAAUAAAUCUUUAUCAAGAGGAGAAAAAUCAGAACAAGCACAUAAAAAUGCAAUUAGAAACCGUUGUUCUAGAGCAGUGAGCAAGGUCAAAAGAUAAUUGGGGUGGAAUAAAAUUUUUUUGACAAUCCAAUAAAUUUUUGCCCAGAAAAAAUUCUCAUUGAGAAUUGAAAUUUAAGAGACGGGGGAUAAUAGGAAAUUUCUUUUUUAAAUCCAUCAAGAAGUUUUAGGAUCAAGACUCUCUUUAUCAGAAAGUUACGAAAAAGAAGUUUUAGACUUUCCUUAUCAGAAAGUCUCUCCGAUCAUUCUAACAACUCUAAGUUUCCAAACGUUUCAAGUAAGGGAAAUAUCAAGAAAACUUGAGGGGGAUUUUUCUGAAAGUAACUAAAAACCAUCAGUAAAGAUUCAAAAACAUUCCGAACAAGAAGAUUCGAGAAAAAUACUGACAAGAACUUAAAAGAAAAGUGAAGUGAAGUGAAGAAAGAGUAAGUAAAGCAAAGAAAGUUAAGUAAAGUAAAGAAAGUAAAGUAAAAAAAGGAAAGUAAAAAAGUACUUAAAAGUUAUUAGAUAUUAGAUAUUAUUGGAGACAAAUAGAUCCUGAAGAAACGUGGUAAGAAUUUUAGGAAAUUGACUAAAAAUCGUCAGAGAAGGUUCCAGACAAGAAGAUCCUGGAGAAAUCUAACGAAAAAUUGUGAAAAGUACCUACAAAUAAUUUUUAAAGUUCCAAAAGAAAGUUAGAAAGAAUUCUAGAAAGAAUUUCAAAAAAUUAACUAAAAAUCAUCAGUGAAGGUUCGAAACAUUCCAAACAAGAAAACUCUACAAAAUCCCAGCAAGAAUCUUGGGAAAGUUUCUGAAAAUCAUCAGCGAAGAUUUAAAAGCAAGAAGAAUCUAAAAAAAUUAAGCAAGAAUUUUUGGAAAUUAUCUAAAACACAUUAGUGAAGUUACAAAAAAUAUCUCAACAAAACCAAGCAGCAAUUUUAGGAAACUACCUAAUAAUCAUCAAAAAGGAUCUAAAAAUAAUCAGAGAAGGUGAGAAAUAUUCCAAGCAAGAAAACUGUAUAAAAUCCUAUAAGUUGUCCAACACUAUUUCCAACUAUAUUUCAAAAGAAACUUGAUAGCAAUUUAAGGAAAGUACCUAAAAGUCAUCAGCGAAAGUACCAACCAUUCCAAUCAAGAAGAUAUCGAAUAGUUCCACCGAAGAUUUAGGAAAGUUCCUGAAAACCAUCAGCAAAGGUUCUAAACAGGUGGGUACCAGAAAAGCCUAGUAAGAAUUUUAGGAAAGUAUCUAAAUAACGUCAGCAAAGUUUUCAAACAUUCCAAAAAAUUUUAGGGAAGUACCCAAAAAAAGCAUCAAGCAAAGUUUACAAACAUUCCAAACAAGAAAAUUCCAAAAAAUCUUAGCAGGACGUUUGGAAAAGUAGCUAAAAAUCAAUAGCGAAGGUUCUAAACCUUUUUUCUACAGCUAAACGGAAGAAAAACUUAGUAAGAAUUUUAAGGAAGCACCUAAAAAGCAGCCAGCAAAGUUUGCAAACAUUCCAAACAAGAAAAUUCGAACAAAAUCUAUCAAGAAGUUUAGAAAAGUUUCUGAAAAUCAUCAGUCGAGUUUCUGAACCAAAAGAUUCGAAAAGAUUCCAGUAAUAAUUUUGGGAAAGUACCAAAAAAUUAGCAGUAAAGUUUCAGAAAAUUUCAAAAAAAGAAAUAUCUUAAAGGAACCUAACAGCAAUUUUAAAGAAGUACCCAAAAAAAAAGCAUCAAGCAAAGUUUGCAAAAAUUUGAAACAAGGAAAUUCCAAAAAAUCCUAGUCGUCAGUUUAGAAAAGUAGCUAAAAAUCAUCAACGAAGGUUGCAAACAAGUGGAUACAAGAAAACCAAGUAAGAAUUUUAGGAAAGUACUUAAAAAUCAUCUGCAAAGCUUUUAAAUAUUCCAAACAGAAAGGUAACAAAAAAUUCCAGCCAGAAGUUUUUAAAAAGGUUCCUAAAAAUCACCAACUAAAGAAUUUUUGGAAAGUACCAAAAAAAUUAGCAGCGAAGUUUCAAAAAGUUCCAAACAACAAAAAUCUCAAAGAAGCCUAGCAGCAAUUUUUUAGAAAAUACCUCAAAAUCAUCAGCGAAGGUACAAAAUAUUUCGAGCAAGAAAAUCUCAAAAAAUCCAAGAAGAAUUCAAAAAAUACUAUCAAGAAAAAUCCAAACAAUCUCAGCAAGAAGAAUUCAAAAAAAUUCUAGCAAGAAAAAUCCAAACAAUCCCAUCAAAAAGAAUUCAAAAAAUCCUAGGAAGAAGUUUAAGAAAGUUAUUUAAAAGCUAUCAGAGAAGUUUCUAAGAAGAAAGAUUCCAAAAAACCAAAGUAGAAUUUUUAAAAAGUACUUAAAGUCUUAAGUUAAGCAAACUCAUCAACUCAUCAACAGUCUUACUCAUCAGCAAACUUUGCAAACAAGAAAAUCCAAAAAUCACAGCAAGAAUUUUCGAAAAGUACCGAAAAAUCAUCAGCGAAGGUUUUAAGCAUUCCAAACAGAAAAUUCCUCAAAAAGCCAAACGAUAUUCUUGUCUUCAAAGAAACUCAACUCGUCUUCAGACAAUUUUCCAAAAUUACUGAUUUGUUACCAUUUUAAUUUAGUUUCUAAAUAAUUUUCUGCCAGACAAGAGGCUCCAAAAGAAAGCUAACGAAUAUUUUUCGAAAGUUAUCCGGAAGUACUUGUCAUCGAGACAAAAGGAAGACAAAGCAAGACGAAAGGAAGACAAAGCAAGACAAAAGGAAAGCAAAAGAAAAGGAAGGCAAAAGCAAUAUAAAUAACAGACAAAAGGAAUACAAAAUAAAUACAAAAACAAGCUAAAAACAAAACAAAAACAAGGCAAAAGCAAGACAAAAACAAGCUAAAAAGAAGGCAAAAUACAUUCAGGUCCAAAAUUCCAAAAAAAUCUCUCUCUAACAAAAAAACCAAUCCAAAGUCUUCGAAGAAGAUAAAAUUCACCUCGCCAAAAAGAAAUCCAAAGAAAAAAAUGUCACCACCUCCAAAGCAGCAAAUAAAACCAAACUAGAAUCAAAAAGAGAAAAGAAAAAAAUUAAUGAACCAUGUCUCAAAGGCCAGAAACGUCCAACGAGGAGUCGUACCUUCACUCAGGACGACCCUCAAAUCUCCUAAAGACAAGUUUCUCCAGUUCCCAUUUAGAGAAACUCUACCGUCAAUCAUCACUCCAACAAAAGCGAAAUGGUCUAAAAUGUUUUCUCAUCUCAGCCCUAAUACACGAUGUCUAUACAUUAUUUCUCCCCGAAUUGGACCUAGUGAUUCGUGGAUUGGCAGUGGUAUUCAUGGGACUAAAUCUCGCCCUAUUAGCGUGGGCACAACGCGGUAUAAAGGCAAGAGGUUAUUUGUGGUUUGUCAUGCCAAAUGUCGCUUGGCAAUUAUUCACAGCACAAAUAUUGGUUCAAUUAUUUUUAAAAUCAACCGACGUCAAUCAUCGCGAUGGUCUUGGAUGGUUACUUUUAUUAUUGUACUUAAUAUUUGCAACACUUCCAUUGAGAUUGCCAUUAUGCUUAUUUUUGGCAUCGGGAACCGCAUUGGUUUAUAUUGUUGCAAUCAGCGGCCUCUCCAAGGAUAUUGCCGAUGAGCCUAUAUCCGUCAUUGACGUCCUGUUACUGACGGUGACAUUAUCAAUUGGUGCUGUAAUACUGGGUGCGUCAACAUAUUCACUGGGUGAAUUUCAACAACGACGGGCCUUCCUCGAAACGAGGCAAAGUCUCGAGGUUCAAUUGAUUAUUGAGGAGCAGAGCGCCGAACAGGAAAGAUUAUUAUUGAGCGUGUUGCCCGAGCACGUGGCGGUGAAAAUGCGUCAGGAUCUUGGUGCCUCACUAGACACACAAUUCAAAAAAAUUUACAUGUCACGUCACGAGAAUGUGUCAAUUUUGUACGCUGACAUUGUUGGAUUCACCGCCAUCUCAUCCACUUAUAAUGCCAGUGAACUCGUUAAAAUUCUCAAUGAACUUUUCGCAAGAUUCGAUCAACUCAGUGAAAGAUACGAGCAAUUGCGGAUAAAAAUUUUGGGCGACUGCUACUAUUGUAUAAGUGGAGCACCAAUCGAGAGACCAGAUCACGCCGUCCUUUGUGUUCACAUGGGACUCUCCAUGGUGGACGCAAUAAAAUAUGUCCAACAAAAAACAAAAAGUCCUGUCGAUAUGAGGGUGGGAAUUCACACCGGGGCUGUUCUCGCAGGCGUUCUUGGUCAACGACAAUGGCAGUUUGAUGUUUACAGCAAAGACGUCGAGCUUGCCAAUAAAAUGGAGAGCAGUGGAAUGGCUGGGAGGGUACAUAUAUCAAACGCCACUCUGAGCUUCCUAAACGAUGAAUUUGAGGUGGAACGAGCUUUCGGUGAAAAUCGCGAGGAGGCACUUCAAAAAGCUGGCCUCGUCACGUACUUUAUAGUCAGAGCCCUCAAGCCAUUUAAACCAGCUCUGACCAAAAGUCUCGCAUCGCUGGCCGAUGCUGAAUAUUCUCAUACAGUCGUCUCUGACACUGAUGGCAGAAACAAAGAGGACUCUGAAGAUUUUCGACUACGACUUCGCCAGGAACUUGACAGCAGAAUUGGAGGAACGGAGUUGAAGGAUCACGCCUCGUGGCUGACUCUACAUUUCAAGGAUCCACAAUUGGAGAGAGGUUUUCAUAGUGCUGAGGAGGCAUUUUCACCACUUUCGGUAUUGGGAGGACCUUUAGUGCUACUGUGCUCGGCUCCAGUAUGGAGAUUCCAACAUUCGAGUCGAUUCACAUACGGAGGUGUGGCAGUAGUCACGCUCUAUGGAAUAGUCUUGGCAGGUGCAACUUGCCUUGGAAGCGCCGUGAGAGCGAGAUGGCUUCGAAGGAUUUUGGCUCUCCUCAUGAUAUUUUCCCUUAGCAUUUUCGUUCUCCUCGAUAUGGCAAACUGUGCCGCAAUUGAGGAGGUCGAUCAGUCAGCGGAUGGACCAUCAAAGGGUCCAUUGAAAUGUCCAUAUCCUUCAUAUUACUCCUACAUUGGCGUUCUUGCCUUAAUAGUUAUAUCCAUGCCUGUGUACAUAAGUUAUCUUGGAAAAUCCAUGUUGAUGUUCAUGCUGGCCGGAGCACAAUGUGGAUUGAAUUUACUCUUGGGACCUAAUUUAGAUCGUGAGGAACGUUGUUCGGCAGCACUAGGAACAGUAGUGGCUUUUCCUCUCAAACAUUCUCUCUCUGUUACACUGCUAACCAUUGCUCUCGCACUGGUCGUAGUCGCAAGAUACACGGAAAAAGCGAGAAGAAUACUGUACCUCAGGGGACAGGAAGUGGUCGCACAAAGGGAACGAGCUUCUGAUAUGAAAAGAAGAAAUGGAGCAUUGAUUUAUAACAUUCUUCCACCUCAUGUGGCCGCUUAUUUCUUAUCAACCACAAGGCACCAUGACGAUUUAUAUAGUCAAAGUUAUGCCGAAGUUGGUGUUCUUUUUGCCAGUAUGCCAAAUUUUUCCGAUUUCUACAGCGAAGAGAGUAUCAAUAAUCAAGGUCUCGAAUGUCUCAGGUUCCUGAAUGAGGUCAUCUCGGACUUUGAUGCUAUACUUGAUAGAGAUGAAUUUAGGGAUAUAAUUAAAAUAAAGACAAUUGGAUCGACCUAUAUGGCAGCUUCGGGAAUAAUGGAUUCAACAAAUAACGAUGGACCCAGAUGGGGACACCUCUCGACACUCGUCGAUUUUGCUUUAGAAUUGAAAAAGGCCCUUUCAAGUAUCAACGAGCAAAGCUUUAAUCAUUUUGUCCUAAAAAUGGGCAUCAAUCAUGGUCCCAUUAUUGCCGGUGUAAUCGGCGCAAGAAAACCUCAUUACGACAUUUGGGGAAACACGGUAAAUGUCGCAUCACGAAUGGAGAGCACUGGAAAAGUUGGUCACAUACAGGUGACGGAUGAGACGCGAAAAAUUCUGGAGCCAUUUGGUUUUGGAUUCGUCGAACGUGGCAAUGUUUUUGUCAAAGGUAAAGGUGAAUUGCUCACUCACUAUUUGAUGACAAAGAAUGGAGUUGCCUUGAAGUUGGACAGUGAUUUACCAGUUGAACCAACGCAUCCAAUCAUUUACCAGUAGAAAAAAAAGAAAGUCUCCCAAACAAUAUUGUCGAUGACACCGUGGGGCGAAAAAAAAGUUUCGUUUUUAAUUUCAUAUUCUUUUCAAUCACUCUAAAUCUUGACAAGAAACGUUCGAGUGUGUGAUAGAAAAGAAAAAAAAAAUAGCAUCCGCCACAUCUACAAGUGAACUUCGAUCCGCAGGUAAACUUAGGCCUGGCGGCAUUAUAUCGUCUAAAAAUAAGCAACAAACGAGGUGUACACAUCUUUUUUUUCUGCUUUCCUUAAUCCCCGGUGUCUCUCUAACGCUGCUAUCACACAAAGCAGUCUAAAAUUUCUAUAAUCCACAAAUAAAAAUUCAUUCAUUAAAAACAAUGUCACUGGAUGUCCUUUAAAUUGUUAAUUAAUAUAAAAAAGAGGAGAAAAAAAUUUAGUCUAACAAUCUAAUGGAAUGGUAAAUAGAAAACAAAAACAAAAAGAAACAAAAAUAAAAAUGCUGAUGUACCUGAUACGGUUUCAUUAUAAAUAUUGGUUUUCGUACCAAUUGGAUCAUUAUGAGAAAGUUUUCUAGAUUGUAAGCGAAAUAGUUUUUAAGGUGUAAUGAAUUCUUUACAGAAGAAAUAUUUGUAGAUCUGUCAUAAUUGGAUGUGAAAAUUAAAAUAGUAAAUGAUUUUUCAUUGUAAGGGAACGUUGAUUGGAAUGAUGAUGAUGAUGAUGAUGAAUGUAAGAAUUAUUGUCAUGAUGUUGGUUGUAGCGAUACCGAUUAUGCUAAUACAAAUCAUAAUGAGACGAAUUAUAAUGAUACGAAUCAUAAUGAUACAAAUCAUAAUGAUAUGAAACAUAAUGAUAUAAAACAUAAUGAUAAAGAUCAUAAUGAUGCAGAUGAUAAAACAUGUAAUGACACGUAUCAUAAUAAUUCAAAUCACAAUGAAAUAGAUUAGGAUGGUACAGAUUAUGAUGCUGCAGACUAUGAAGUUGCAGAUUAUGAUACUACAAAUUAUGAUCCUGAAAACUAUGAUGGUUCUAAUUGUGAUCUUAUAUAUUGUGAUGCUGAAGAUAAUGCUGCUUCAAAUUAUAACGCUACAGAUUAUGAUGCUACAGAUUAUAAUGCAAUAGAUCAUAAUAAUGCAAAUCAUACUGAUGCAGAUUAUAAUGCUGUAAAUUAUUAUGCUACAGACUAUGAUGUUACAGAUUAUGAUGCUGCAAAUUUUGAUCCUACAAAUUACAAUGAUACAGAUUAUAAUGCUGCAAAUUAUGAUUCUACACAUAGUUAUUAGCAUAACUUAUGCUAUAGAUCAUGAUAAUGAAAAUCAUAUUGUUGCAGAUUAUAAUGAUAAGCAUUAUGAAGGUACAGAUCAUAAUGAGAAACAUAAUAAUGAUUCAGAUCUUAAUAAUAUACAUCACAAUGAUACAGAUCAAGUUGCCAUAAAUCAUAAUUGUACAGAUCAUAAUAUUGCAUACCGUACUGUUGCAGAUCAUAAUCAUAAAAAUCAUAAUAAUACACACCGUACUGAUGCAGUUCAAAACAAAAAAAUUCAUAAUAAUUCAGAGUAAACUGGUACGCAAUAAAAUAAAAAAAAACUAAUACGGAUAACAAUAAAGCACAACAUAAUGAUAAUUCCAAACUCAUUGAAUUGUAAUUUCGCAUUUACGAUAUAGAAAUACAUAAUAAUUAGCAUUGUUCUCUUAGGUUCUUCAGCAACUUUUCAAAAGCUCUUCUUUUUUUCUUAACAAUUUUUCCAAACAUCAAAUCUUAUCUCAAUAUAUACCACUUUUGGGUCUUUCGUCAUUUGCAUUCAAAACAAAAAUAUUAUUCUGUGUGCAUUGUAAACAAACAAAAAAACUACAAGAAAAAAAAUCUUUGUGGCUCUUGUAGAUUUUUAGAAAUUAUCAAACGAAAAAAAGAGAAUUUAAAGGACUUCCAGUAAAUUUUGACCAGAAUAUCCUGAGGAUAUUUGGUCCAUUUUUCAUCUAAUUCAUAGUCUCACUCUUGCUACCUCUGUAUCAUUACACAUGUACCUUUAUACCGCGCUACAAGCGUUACGAAUACUUCUUUCCACUGUGUAAAUAUUCCUCCAAAUAAUCUCUUGGACGAAAAUUUUAUUGUUUUCUAAAUUCUAAAUUUCUGUUCUAUAAAUAAAUUUACAUAUUAAUAUAAUUAUUUCAAAAUAAAAAUAAUAUAAUCAUAAAUUUUAAUAUUAUUAUCUAAAUAGGUAAUUUAUAUUUGCCUGUUAAAUAAUAAUUGAAAAUUAUUAAAAUAGCAAAUCAAUUUUAUUUUUUUUACUUCUUUUAAAAAGAAGACUGGAAUUAGUCAAGUAAACUAGAUAAAAAAUUCAAAUUCUACUAAAUUUGUCUAUAGUUUCCUUUUUUCCAUUAAUUAUUAAUUUGAAAAAAGGAAAAAACUAAAUUUAAUAUUAUUUUCAAACUUUCCAUUCGCAUUUAAUUAAAUUGCAUUCAUCACAAAAUGGAAGAAUAAAAAUUUUUUAUUUCUUUUUCUUCAAGAGAAACUUUCGAUAAUGAGAAAAUUGGAGAAAUUUUUUUAAUUGAAAAUUUCGAUGAGAAAAUUAGAGAAAAAAAAUAAAAUAAAAAAUGUUCUGAAAAGAAAAUUUCGAUAAUGAGAAAAUUGACGAAAAAUAAAAGAUAAACCUUUUCUUUCUAAAGUGAAAAUUUUCGUAGUGAAAAAAAUUGGAGGAAUAAUUAUUGUAGUGUUUCGCUGGUUGUCCAGAAUUCUACAAAUAAAUAUUCUGCAAAAGCUUGUGGCAACUUCUUCCAGCAUUAGUAAGUUGUAGAAAAAAAUAACUUGUAUGUUUUUUGAGAAUUUUUGAGUCUGGACAACUGGCUUUUUGUCACACAAUUACUAUUAAUACUGUUACAACUGCGAGUAUUAUCGAUAUAAACUACAACUGUUGUUAAUUGUGUUCACGUGAGGUCGUCUCAGCACAACGAAGGUGUUUUAAAUUAAAUUCCAAAAAAAGAUGGAAAAAACGAUAAACUUUUCAAAAAAAAAAAUUAAUCGACAAGAGCUUCGUGAUGUUUUUUAAAUUUGCAAAAUUAAAACGCUCUAAAAAUUAA